CAAAAAGCUGCACAGGCAGUGCGAAAGGGGUGUCAAACUGUGGGCUUUAGGACCCAGCACCUUUUUUUGGAGCCCUCCCGCCCUCCCUUUCUCUCUCCCAUCGCACACCCACAGCACCACACGCCGAUGAUGCGCUCAGUCCGCUUCCAACCUCUGCAUUUACUUUGGAGACGUGAAGAGUGAACAAGUGCCACUGGCGCGCUAGCCGCCUCGUAUCGUUUUUGCGGGGGUAGCGGACUCGGGGAACAUGUCACAAACCAGGAGGAGCACGUUCAGCCGGACGGCCAGCAGCCCCAGGAUGAGCUCGGACGGAGACGGCGGCGGCGGCGGUGGGCGGCCCCCCAAGGUGGGCUCCCUGGUGGAGGUGAUCGGCAAGGGCCAGCGCGGCACGGUGGCCUACAUCGGCACCACCCUCUUCGCCUCGGGCAAGUGGGUGGGCGUCAUCCUGGGCGAGGCCAAGGGCAAGAACGACGGCACCGUGCAGGGCAAGCGCUACUUCACCUGCGACGACGGCCACGGCAUUUUUGUCAGACAGUCGCAGAUCCAACUGGUGGACGACGGCGCCGACACCACGUCCCCAGAGACGCCCGAGCCCAGCGCCACCAAGGUGCCCAAGCGAGACAUCCAGGACACAUCAAAGUCCACCAAACUGCGAGGAGUCAAGGCCAAAAAGGUGCGGCAUGUUUCCCUCGCCUCACGGCACCAUACGCCGGCUCCUCGAAAGACCGCGGCCAGAAGGCCCAAGCAGCCGAGCCGUCCCGUAGGCUCCGGCGGGAAGGGGCCGCCGUCCGGCUCGGCCUCGGGCUCGGCUUCGGCCUCGGCCGGCGAGAUGAGCAGCAGCGAGGCCGGCACGCCCGCCCAGACGCCACUGGCCGCCCCGGUCAUCCCAAGCCUGCACUCUCCCGGGAACCCGACGCUCCCCAAUUGCAAAAAAGAGGAGGAGGCUCUGCGCGCUCAGGUGAAGGACCUGGAGGAGAAGCUGGAGACGCUGAAGGUGAAGCGCACCGAGGACAAGUCCAAGCUGAAGGAGCUGGAGAAGCACAAAAUCCAGCUGGAGCAGCUGCAGGAGUGGAGGACCAAGAUGCAGGAGCAGCAGGCCGAGCUGCAGAAGCAACUCAAGGAGGCCAAACGGGAGGCCAAGGAAGCCCUGGAGGCCAAGGAGCACUACAUGGAGGAGAUGUCGGACACGGCCGACGCUAUCGAGAUGGCCACGCUGGACAAGGAGAUGGCCGAGGAGCGCGCCGAGUCCCUGCAGCUGGAGGUGGACUCCCUGAAGGAGAAGGUGGAGGAGCUCACCAUGGACCUGGAGAUCCUCAAGCACGAGAUCGAAGAGAAAGGUUCUGACGGCGCUGCGUCCAGUUAUCACGUCAAACAGCUGGAGGAGCAAAACAGCAGAUUGAAGGAAGCUCUGGUCAGGAUGCGAGACCUGUCGGGGUCGGAGAAGCAGGAGCACGUGAAGCUGCAGAAGCAAAUGGAGAAGAAGAACGUGGAGCUGGACGCGUUGAGGGGCCACAAGGAGAAGCUGCAAGAAGAAAUGUCGGCGGCCGAGAAGACCGUCGACGAGCUGAAAGAGCAGGUGGAUGCAGCUUUGGGGGCCGAGGAGAUGGUGGAGACCCUGACGGAAAGGAACUUGGAUCUGGAGGAGAAAGUCCGGGAGCUGAGGGAGACCGUCACCGACCUGGAGGCCAUCAACGAAAUGAACGACGAGCUCCAGGAGAACGCCCGCGAGACGGAGCUGGAGCUGAGGGAGAUGCUGGACCUGAGCGGCACGCGAGUGCGAGAGGCCGACAAGCGGGUGGAGGCCGCGCAGGAGACGGUGGCCGACUACCAGCAGACCAUCAACAAGUACCGCCAGCUCACCGCUCACCUGCAGGAAGUCAACCGAGAGCUGACCAGCCAGCAGGAAGCCUCCGCCGAGCUCCAGCAGCAGCCGCCCGCCGAGAUGUUCGACUUCAAGAUCAAGUUUGCCGAGACCAAGGCCCACGCUAAGGCCAUGGAGAUGGAGCUGCGCAAGAUGGAGGUGACGCAGGCCAACAGGCACGUUUCCCUGCUCACUUCGUUCAUGCCCGAGUCCUUCCUGCGCCGCGGCGGCGACCACGACUGCAUCCUGGUGCUGCUGCUCAUCCCCAGACUCGUCUGCAAGGUCCGCCCCGCCCAAUAAAAAAAAAAAAUUCAAAUCAAUUCUUUGUGUGUGUCGAGGCGGCGCGCUUUCACCCACCUGGGCUGGAAAAUCCGUUUCCUUCACUUGAAUGCGACGGCCACGCCGUUUGUCUUGUGAGGAUUGAUUCAAACGUCAUCUGUGAUUCCAAACGAUGCGCGCGUGUGCUUCAGAGCGCUGUGCGAGUGCGGCGUGGAGGCGUACAAGAAGAUGGGCUCUCUGUACCCGGAGAUGAGCGUCCACGAGCGCUCGCUGGACUUCCUCAUCCAGUUGCUGCACAAGGACCAGCUGGACGAGACGGUCAACGUGGAGGCGCUCACCAAGGCCAUCAAGUACUACCAGCAACUGUACAGCAUCCACCUGUCAGAGCAGGACGAGGACUGCACCAUGCAGCUGGCCGACCACAUCCGAUUCACGCAGAGCGCGCUGGACUGCAUGUGGGUGGAGGCGGGCCGCCUGCGGGCCUUCCUGCACGCCGGCCAGGAGAAGGCCCAGCUGGCCGUGCUGCUCAAGGACCUGGAGACGUCCUGCGGGGACGUGCGGCAGUUCUGCAAGAAGAUCCGCCGCCGCAUGCCCGGCACCGACGCGCCCGGCAUCCCCUCGGCGCUCGCCUUCGGCCCGCAGGUGUCGGAGACGCUGCGCGAGUGCCGCAAGCAGCUGACGUGGGCGGUGGCGCUGCUGCAGGAGGUGGCGGCGGCCGGCGCGCAGAUGAUGUCGCCGCUGGCCGAGCAGGAGGGGCUGGCGGCCGCCAAGCUGGAGGACGUGGCCUUCAAGGCCGCCGAGCAGAUUUACGGGCAUCCGGGCGCGAACCCGUACGAGUGUCUGCGGCAGUCGUGCUGCGUCGUCAUCGCGACCAUGAACAAGAUGGCCACCGCCAUGCAGGAGGGAGAGUACGACGCCGAGCGGCCUCGCCCGAAGGUCGCGCCUCCCGCCGAGCUGCGGGCGGCAGCGCUCCGCGCGGAAAUGACGGACGCGGAAGGUUUGGGGAUGAAGCUGGAAGACAGGGAGACGGUCAUCAAGGAGCUCAAGAAAUCGCUCAAGAUUAAGGGCGAAGAAUUGAGCGAGGCCAACGUGCGGCUGAGCCUGUUGGAGAAGAAGCUGGACAGUUCGUCCAAAGACGCCGACGAGCGCGUGGAGAAGAUCCAAACCCUGCUUGACGAAGCCCACAACCUCCUCAAGAAGAAAGAGAAGGACUUCGAGGAGACGAUGGACGCCCUGCAGGCCGACAUCGACCAGCUGGAGGCCGAGAAGGCCGAGCUCAAGCAGCGCCUCGGUGGACAGGCUAAGACGGCCGGCGACAGCCCGCGGGGGAGCGGCCCGCUUGGGCUCCCGGAGGAGCAAAAAGCGAGCCUGUCGUGCGCGUCGGGCGCCGGCAUCCAGGUGGUGGACUCGCCGCUGUUGACGCGUCAGCUGGAAGCUCAGCGACUUUGCAUCAAGCAGCUGAAGAACCAAAACAACUGGCUGAAGGCGGAGAAGAUGCGCAGCCAGCUGGCGGCGCUGCCCCCGUUGCGCGUCACCAAGCUGCCGUCCGGGGACAGGCCCGCCCCGCUCUCCGGCGCCCUCUACAGGAAGACGGACCAACUACUGGAGACCCUGCUGCAGAUGAGCGCCAACGUCAAAGUGGUCGACAUCACUGGCAAAUGUCCCGUGACACCGAGCGCUCAGCUUCUGGAGCAGACGGCGCGUUUGCAGUCGCUGCGAGAUACGCUCGACAGGCUCAAGGGCGAGGUGGCCGAACACGUGGUCAAGCAGCAGCCGGGCGCCCGGGUGCCGUCCGAUUUUGCCACCUUCCCCGCCGCCUCCUUCGUCAAGGCCAAGGAGGAGAACGGGGCCUCCUGCGUGCUGGUGGGCCGUGUGAUGGUCCCGUGUCCUCGGGGUCAGGAGCAGGUCCACCGCGUGCUCCUGACGCAAAGUCAACUCCGCCAUGUCCACGGCCUCCUCUUGCGCAACUGAGCCUCCUCUUCGGCUUUCUCAUCCUCAUCCUCACCCGGAAAAGACCCGACGGCUUCGCGGCACGUGUUCCACUUGGCUACUUGUGCGUGUUUGUUAAACCACACUACAAAUGUGGAUUUUUUUUUAAAAUUUAUUUUGUUUUUUAUGUUGAAGCUAAGUUUGCACAUCAAAGCAACAAUACAUCAAGUUUACUGUUCUAACAGCCUUUCUGUGAGUCUUCCGGUGUUACUGAUGACACUCAAUGCUCAGCGGCCACUGAGCUCUGAGGGUCGUCGACACGUAACACCGGAGCAGUCACAGAAAGGUAUCCAAGCGGACGUCCUCAUGCAUUUUGCACUUUGUAAGAAAAAAAAUGGAAUUUAUUGAAUUGAAAGGCAGCACGGUAAGCAAGUUUGCGGUUCUAAUGUCGGCUCUGGCCUUCCUGCGUGGCUGCUCUAAAAUUAUUUUUUUGUUGUUUUUAAAUGUGAUGCUUUUAAUGUUGCGGUUUUUCUGUGUGUGUCGUGUGCGAGACGCUGAUCAAUAAAGUGUAGCUUGUCAACCCUCAGCCUUUCCUCAAAGUGUAUUAUUUUAUUAUAAAUGCU